AUGCCGGAUACCAUAGAGCGCGACUAUCCCAGCACGCCGACGACAGCGACGGCGGCCACCGUCGUCGCCGACGAGGGCAAGGACACCGCGGCCUACAGCUACGACAAUGACACGCCGCCGCUGUACCCGCCCAACGAGAAGGACAUGGCGUACGUGCACCAGAAGGCCGACGACGACGCCGAGGCCGCCGUCGAGGCUGCCGACCCACCGCUCCCAACGCCCGCGCCGACGCCAUACGGCCCCGCGCCCGACGGCGGCGUGGCGGCGUGGCGCGCCGUCGCGGGCCUGUUCUUCGCGUCGUUCGUCCAGUUCGGCAUCGCCAACAGCUACGGCGUGUUCCAGGCAUACUAUGAGACCGGGCCGCUCAAGCACUACAAGGCCGACACGAUCAGUUGGAUUGGCGCAACGCAGCAGUUCAUCCUCUUCUUCGCGUCUAUGUUCGCGGGGCGCGCGUUCGACGCAUACGGUGCACACGCCAUCCUCCUGCCUGGCAGCGUGUGCCUCUGCCUCUCGCUCUUCAUGAUCAGUCUGUGUAAAGAAUACUACCAGUUCAUGCUCGCCCAAGGCAUCCUCUUCGGUGUCGGCUCGAGCAUGAUCUUCACGACCGUCAUCUCGACCCCGCAGCAGUGGUUCGACAAGAAGCGCGCGCUGGCCGGCAGCGUGGCCAUCUGCGGGAGCGGACUCGGCGGGACCGUGUGGCCCAUUGCUAUGCAGCGGCUCUUCAGGCAGAUCGGCUUCGGCUGGACGCUCCGCACGGUCGGCUUCAUCGCGAUUGCGCUGCUCGCCGUGUCCAACGCGCUCGUGCGCACGCGCCUCCCGCGGCGCAAGCCUACCCCGCUACGCGGCUUCCACAAGCCGCUCAUCUCCGAGUGGCCCUUCUUCCUGUUCACGUGCAGCACUUCGCUGUGCUGCUGGGGCAUGUUCACGCCCUUCUUCUACAUCUCAGUGUAUGCGCGCCACCUCGGCGCGACGGCGACCCUCGCGUUCUACUGCGUGUCGUUUAUGAACGCCGGCAGCACUCUGGGCCGGCUGUUCGCCUUCAUCGGCGACCGCUUCGGGCGCUACAACGUGCUGAUCAUCAACACGUACCUCACUGCCAUCUUUCUGCUCGGCUUCUGGGCCGGCCUGCCCGCGCCGAGCGCGGCGACAGCCGCCCAGGUCGCCGCCGAGACCGCCGCGGGGCCGAACGGCACCGGCGGGCUCGGCAAAGCCAACAGCAGCGUCGGCGCGCUCAUCGCCUUUGGCGUGCUGUUCGGCUUCACCGUCGGCAUGAUCAUCUCCAUGAUCCCGCCGUGCAUCGCGCACAUCUCCAAGCCGCACGAAAUUGGCACGCGCAUCGGCGUCAUGUACACUGUCAUGUCGGCGUUCACGCUGUCCGGACCGCCAAUCAACGGCGUGCUCAUGGUCAAGUAUCCCGGCACGACGGGCUUCCGCGCCGUCGGCCUCUUCUCGGGCUUCAGCCUGCUCGUCGGCGCCUUCUUCGCGACGGCGGCACGGCUGGCACUCAACCGCAAGAUACGCGCGAUUCUGUAG